GACUCAGAAGGUGUUCAAUAUUUGAAGCUUGCAGCUACCAACUACACCAUUUGCAAGCUGGUCUGUGGUGAGGGGCAAAAGAAUUCUUCCUUGGCUGGUGGUGGCAAGCUUCAAGAGCUUAAGGACCUCAGGAACCAAAAAGUUGGUCUGACCCCAGAAGCAGCUGAUGAAGAACAAGGUGGUGAUGAAAGUGCUGGCAGCAAAAGGAAAGCAGGUGUGCACAAGCCACCCACUGUAGUUGAGAUUGAAUUGGAUGGGACCAAAGUCAAAGUCCUGUGUCCACCCAAAAGGAUUGCACAAAGCGAUUUGAUGGUGCAACUUGACCCUGUCCAGUUGGAUGCAGUGUUCACUUUCCUUGGUCCUGACUGCCAGUCACUGGCUUCAACCAGGUCCUAUCAGAAAUCUGGCAAAUUCUGCAAAACAGGUGGCAAAGAACCAUGUGCUGAUGGUCAAGUUGAGGGCUAA